UACUCUCGGGAUAGGUUUAGAGCACUGUCUGUAGUGGGGAUUGUUCAGUUGUUGUCAUUGAUGUAUAGAUAAUUUUGUGGAUUUUUUUUGUAGACUUCGGAUAUAUUAGUUCGUUUGUUUUUCUGGAGGAUAAAAUCUAAGUGGAACAUAUUUACUGAAGUUUUUCGAGAUAUAAGUAUUCGACAAAGACGUAAUUAAGCUAAGCGCACCUCUAAUUGCGUUUGGAUACACUCGUUGAUUCGUUUGAACUAUGAAGUUAUCAGUUAGAAUUCGAGGCGACUGGUUCGCAGUACCAUGUAAAGGUACCGAGAAAAUAUCGUGGUUUGGUGACGAGUGUUUAAGAAGAUUUUACAAAGCUAAAAGUAAUGUAGGUCACGCUAAAGAAAGGGUAUUUGAGAUCCGGAAAGCUAAAGGUGGAGCUAUUUUAGACCGGGAUGAUUUGAUCAAAGAUGUACUGGAUGAUAAUGACUUUCUUACUGUUGUUUUGGACAGUGAUAUGUCAAGCCCAGCAACUGGGCCUGCUGAAAUAACCUAUGUUGAUGAAAAAAUAGAUCAGGCCGAGUACAAAAAGUCUAUUGAGUACAUAUCAUUGGAUGGUAACAGUCUAUCUACAGAUGAACUGGUUAGAAUUGGUAAAGGGGAUUACCUGGUGAAGUUGACAGUGGAAGCGGAAGAGAAGGUGAAGAAAUCUAGGUUGUUGGUCAACAGUAUAUUAGAUUCCAAGAAAGUGGUAUAUGGUAUAACUACUGGAUUUGGAAAGUUUUCUAAUGUUACGAUUGGUACUGACAAACUCGUAGAACUACAAGAAAAUUUGAUCCGCUCCCAUUCUGCAGGAGUUGGUUCACCAUUAUCACCAGAGAGAACCCGGAUGUUACUAGCAUUACGUAUUAAUAUAUUGAGUAAAGGGUAUAGUGGUAUAACACUGGAAACUCUCAAACAACUUAUUGAUGCUUUAAACGCUAACUGCCUACCAUGGGUUCCAGAAAAAGGAACAGUCGGAGCUAGUGGUGACCUUGCUCCCUUGUCCCAUUUAGCUCUCGGCAUGUUGGGAGAGGGUAAAAUGUGGUCUCCUAAAAGUGGAUGGGCGGAUGCGAAAUACGUAUUAGAAGCUAACAAUUUAGAACCAAUCAAAUUAAAACCAAAAGAGGGUUUAGCUUUGAUUAAUGGAACUCAGAUGAUAGCCUCAUUGGGAGCUGAAGCUGUAGAAAGAGCCGAUGCUAUCUCAAGACAAGCUGAUGUAAUAGCUGCUUUAACAUUGGAUGUUUUAAAAGGAACGACUAGAGCCUUUGAUAGUGAUAUUCACCGUGUUCGUCCACAUAAAGGCCAGAUAAAGGUUGCCCGUAAUUUACGAUCUCUUCUUCAUUCUGAAACUCAUCCUUCAGAAAUUGCUGAAAGUCACAGAUUUUGUCAGAGAGUUCAAGAUGCUUACACUCUUAGAUGUACACCACAGGUACAUGGUAUUGUUAACGAUACCGUUGAUUUUGUACGUGGACUUUUAACCACCGAAUUGAAUAGUGCUACAGAUAACCCGGUAUCCUUUCAUAUUAUAACGAUGGUGUUUGCUGAAACUAAUGAAGUAGUAUCUGGUGGUAAUUUUCAUGGUGAAUACCCAGCAAAGGCAUUAGAUUAUCUGGCAAUUGGUAUACAUGAACUAGCCAAUAUGAGUGAAAGACGAAUAGAACGACUCGUCAAUCCAGCAUUGAGUGAGUUACCGGCCUUCCUGACACCAGAAGGUGGUUUGAAUUCUGGGUUUAUGAUAGCCCAUUGUACAGCUGCAGCUUUAGUAUCUGAGAAUAAAGUUCUCUGUCAUCCAGCCUCUGUUGACUCCCUAACAACUAGUGCUGGAACUGAAGAUCAUGUGUCAAUGGGAGGAUUUGCUGCUAGAAAAGCUCUGAGAGUUGUUGAACACGUUGAACAAGUGUUAGCUAUAGAAUUAUUAGCUGCUUGUCAAGCGAUUGAAUUUCUCCGACCAUUAAAAACAACGAUUCCAUUGGAAGAAGUAAUAAGACAAGUCAGGACAGUGGUGGGACCAUGGAAGAAAGACAGAUUUAUGUCCCCUGAUAUAGACGCUGUUACUAAACUUCUUCAAGAGGAGAAGAUUUUCAAAACAGUGAAGCCUUUGAUGGAUAAUUACCAUUCGUGCCAGUCGCUAGAAACCAAAGUUUUCUCUCCUACUUCUUCAUUUGUUGUUCCUACUAAUGGUCCAGUUCAUAAAAGGCGGAAAAUGUCCAAACAUUAGGCCCCACGCCCCCGUGAACCGGGAAUUUAAAAAAUUCCACCGACCACAUUUUUGGAGUAUGGUUUAUUGUGCUUUUAAUUUGGUGAUGGUUCAUUUAGUUUUCCUAGUAUAUAUUUUGGAGAAAUGUGGAUAGAUGUCAAUGAACACUUAUAGAAAAAAAUCUUCCAUUGGUUAUGGUAUUAUAGUAUUUCAAUUCAAAAUUUUAUGAAGAAAAUAAAUACUUUUAAUGGUGUG